AUGCCUUCGGAGAAGGAUUACAGAAAUAUAGCUUCUUUCUUGAAGCAUUUGAAACCACUACUCGAUAAUGUCGCUGAUCAUAAGGCACCUCUAGAUGAAAUUUUAUGUAAAGAGUGCGAAAAAUUGGAUGUAGCUGUAAACGAGGCUAGAGAAUUCCUUGAGAAAUGGUCUCCGAGGAUGAGCAAGAUUCUUUUUUUCUGUAAGUUGGAAUCUCAAAAUCUGAAGCUAGACAAAGUAUCAGAACUCAUAGAAGAGAUGCUUAGAAGCCAAAGUGAAGGGAUAACUCUUCAUGCUGAUGAUCUCAUUUCAAUAGGUAAGACCCUUAACUUGACCUCAAAUCAGGAACUCUUGAGUGAGUUUAUUGCACUAGAAAAUGAGAGAAUCAAAGCUGAAGAGAAUCAAGAAAAGGGGAUUUGGAUCAAAUUACUCGUGCCAUUGAGUUUAUGUCCCGCAUUUGCUAUUGUGCGGUUAAGCUUGAGAACUUUGAGGCCGUGCAAGUCAUUUGGAUUCCUCCAUAUUUCUGCUGUCCUUUAUCUCUCCAACUCACGCUGGAUCCAGUUAUUGUUGCUUCUGGCCAAACCUCCUGAACAUAUCAGUCAUGAAGAUGAUCUCCAAUGUCCUUUACAAAUGAUAAAUUCAACAUCAAGAUCCUCAUUUGAAGUCGGACAUGGCUUUGAGAAGCAGAAUGUCCAUGGUUUUUCUGGACUGAAGGAUGAAAGAUAUGGUGUUUUGGGGGAGAAGGCAGUUGAAAAGUUUGACCACUCAUCCUCCGAACAUUCAUAUGUUCAUAAUAGGAGUGAAUCAACAUCAAGUGCUGUUUCCAGCAUUGAUUAUCUCCCUAAAGCAUCAACUGAUGCCUCUAGGAUAUCAAGCAAGCAUUAUGAUAUGAGUGAUAGAUCAGGGGAUAGAACAUCUAGUUUUCCCACUCGAUCUACUUCAAAUAAAAAUUCAGGGAGCGAAUCAACCGAACUACAUACUGCAGCUGCAGAAAAAUUACGAAGAAGGCACAAUCGAACCCUUUGUCCAUGUUUUGAGACCGGAAAUGCAGGAGCCAAGGAGAAUGCUGCAGCUGCUCUUUUCAGUCUCUCUCUUCUGGAUGGGUACAGGAUAAAAAUUAGUCAAUCAGGGGCAGUUAAUGCAUUGGUUGAUCUUUUAAGAUCGGGAGCAGUGAAAUAUCUGGUUGGAUUGAUGGCCCCUGAAACAGAAAUGAGUGUUUUACAAGAAGGGGCUGUCCCACCUCUUGUCGCAUUGUCUCAAUCUAGCACUCCAAGAACAAAGGAGAAGCGAGAGGGACGCCGUGAAGAGGAAAUUUUCAUGUCUAUUUUGUUGCGGCUCGUGGCUGCCUUCGUCGCGCUACACUUACAGAAAGCCAUUACCAAAAGCUGUGCAACUGACGUGGCAUUUAUGGGCAGUUCCAUCCUUCCCGACCUCCGUCCGGCGGCGACCAGUGGCGUGGGUUGUAAUCAGUCAUUGCUCGAAGCUAUCUUGCUUCCCCUCACCCUGGAUUUGAAAAUUUUCAAACCACAGACGAUUUUCCCUGAAUCAGACGAUUUUCGCGAUACUCUCCUCAUCGUGUCAUCACCGCCAGCAACCCACGAUGAGAGGUAG